AUGUUGAGCAAUUUUGGCCAGCAGCAACAAGCAAGUGUGCCCAACAGCAACACCAUGUCGCAAGACCCAACUUAUCAAUUGUUGUUGCAAGCGAUUCAGGUGAUUCAUAAUCCUGUAUCACCACCACAACAAAGAAUGGAGGCUCAACAGUAUGUGGAGCAAUUUAAACAAACGAAUCAGAAUAAGAUUGAAUAUUGUUGGACUUUCAUUGUAGAUAGUCAGCCUGAAGAGGUCAGACACUUCGGGUUACAAGUUUUGCAUUAUAUUGUAACGAAAGAAUGGCCAGCAGUGCAAGCAAAUUAUCAAACAACUCAAACAAGGUCUAGAAUAUCUCAAUUGUUAUUGGAAUAUGCAGCCCGAGGAACCAAACACAUGCUUGAAGAAAAGCUCUUUAUCAAAGAAAAAUUGGCAUCUAUUUUUUCGUCAAUAAUUGAAUUAACAUGGCCUAAAAUCUUGCCUGAAAUUUUAGAAAAUGUUUUGAAAUUGACAUCGUUAGGUGAAACUCAAUGUGAAAUUGCAAUUUUCGCUUUGAGGUCCUUGGCACAAGAUUUAACAAGUGAUUUCUCAACAGACAUGUCUCCAAAUAAGAGAAGAGAACUCAUAGAAAAAUUGCAACCCAAAAUUCCUGACAUUUUCUCUAUGGCCUUUGGAUUGUUUGAUGCUGCUUUCGGAGCGUACAAGGCAAGAGCAGACCAAAAGUCAUACAUGAUAAAUCAAAAAUUAUUAAGAGCCCUUUUGGAUAUGAGCUUGGCAUUUGUUAGCGACUGGCUUGAUCCAGCUCAUUUCUUCAAUCACAAUAUUAUUGAUAUUUGGAUUAGCUUAUUACAUGUGGAUGAAUUUAAGAUGGAUGCCGGACAGUGCUUGAUAUCGUUUGUGGAUGUAUCGUGGGGAACUAAAAAAGAGGUGAACAUGGCUAACCACAUGUCCUUACUUUUAUCAAAAUUAUGCGAGAAUACUAGGGCUAUUUUAAGCAAGGCCAAUCCCAAUAAUCUUGAAGAUGAAUAUGAAUUCCACAAAGUUCUCUCUAAACUAUUUGUCACAUUCUCACAAAAACAACUCAAAUAUUUAAACGAAAGACAUACAGAAAUUGUGGACAAUUUUUUGACGGUUGUUUUGGAAUUUGACAAACACCCAUCAAUUGUAAUUUUCAAUGAUACUCUCAUAGUUUGGAACGGGCUUCUAAGCAAUCCAAAGAUUCCAUUCAGCAACGCACCAUUCCUUGGCAAAUAUUUUGAACCAUUACUCCAAGUGACUAGAAUGAAGAUUACAAAAGAAAUUGGAAACCCAGACGUCGAUAGAUUUGAGAACAACCUCACUCAUCAAUUGAGUUUGAUUGAUUUUGAAGAUAAAAAAGAAUACUAUCAUGUUCAUGGCUCCAUGAGAAGCCAAGCUAGAUCUCUCAUCCAAUACAUCACUCAAAGAGUUCCAUUUGAAACUGUAAAAUUUGCUACUUUGGAAGUUGAGCAAGCUCUUAAACUCAACACACCUAGUCCAAAAGAUGAUAAGGGACCUAAUGGAUACUGUAGCGUUUUUAGCGAUGCUUAUCUUAUGUGGGAGUCUGCUGUCACGUUCUAUGAGUGGGUUAUUGAAUCAGUAACAAACGAUAAGGUUUCAGCAGAUGAACGAAUUAUUGAGGCAGAGAUGUAUCUACUUGGGCUUUGUCUUCAAUUUUCAACAGAAGAUGCACUAAUUCAAACCAUAUUUGUGAGACUGUUCAAAUCUUUUUCUCAUCUCAAUAAGAGAAAUAAGGAGUCUUUGUCUGCAAUAGCCACAAAUUUGUUCAAACAAAUGCAAUUUCGUCCUUCCAAGGAGGUAGGAAAAGCAGUUGAAGAGUUAACCGAAGAUACUUCUACUGCCAGACAGAAAGCACAUACCACCUUCAUUAGUUUAUGCCAAGCAAACGCAAAAGAUUUACCAGAAUAUUUAAAGCAAUUUGUGGAUCAAGCUGAACAAUUGUGGGCUAAGAAAGAAAUUCUAAGUAACGAAUUGAUUUUGAUGUACGAGGCCUUUGUUGUUAUUAGCAACGAAUGGAAAGAUUUGAACCAACAAUGCCAAUUUUUAGAUUAUUUAUUGAGCCCAUUGAUCAACGAACUGAAUUCCAAUUUGUAUAGAGAAGUGUGUGGGUCUGUAGAGUUACUUUACAAGUCGGCAGGAAUUAUUCCAGAGCCAAACCAAGAAACAAAAACCAAGCUUGAAGAAAUCAAGGGUAGAAUUUUCCACAUUCUUACAACGGUUACUAGCUUGGCAGCAAGAAUGCCUGAAAAUCCACAAGAUAUGGGAAUGGUCGAUCCACAGACAAAAGAAAUCAAAUAUCCUAUCUCAGCAUAUAUUUUAGAAGUAUUACCAAACGUUCUUUCUCUCAUACGAACAAUUCAUAUGUGCUAUACACCUCAGGGACAGCAAUUAGUUCCUGAGCAAGUGCGAAAGUAUAUUUUACAUAUUGGAAUUGAUGAACAAUAUAUGGCUAAGGGAGAGCAAUUUGUUGCUUCUAAAGUAACGCAGGAACAAUAUGCUGUACACAAGGUUCACUAUUUUGUCACAAAUCUGAGAAGAUUAUCCUAUUUAUUGCUAGGUCAAGCUGGUAAAUAUUGCGAGAAAGCUCGUUUUUGGGGAAAUCCGCAGCUGUUCCAAAUGUUAUCAGAAUCUGUUUUUUCCUUCAUGGAGUUUGUAACUGUUAGAGAUUUAUCGGUAUUGACAUCUAACUUCUUUUCGACCUUCUUUGACUCUUGUCCUGCAGAAUUGCAUAACACUCUCCUUCUUGAAAUAUUGAAGCCACUUUUAUCACUAAUGACCGCUCGAAUUGAGCAAGCACAAAAUGAGAUUUGCGAUAAAGCAGGUGGCCAACGUGGUGGCGAUGAAGGUGUACUCGAUGAAAUUGUGAAAGAAAAGCAUCUCAAAGAAUUAUGCUCAGUGUUGGUGAACAUUUUCUUGAGGGCCACCAAUUCCAUCAGAAUUUCAAAGGAUAAUCUCAAGCCAAAAGCAGACGUUAUUUGCACAUUUAUAAUUUCUAGCUCUGAUCUCAUUGGUUUAAUGGUGAUGCUCUUCUGCAAAAUUAUAGCAGCCAUGUUAGAUCCUACAAGUGUUGUGAAGUGUGUCAUUAUUUGUGACAGAAUUAUUCGAUACCUUAGUCACACACAACUUCAAAACUAUGCUAAUUUAUUUGCAGGAGAGUUAUUCUUUUCUCUGAUCAAAUCAUUAAUGACCACUGUGGACGAACAAUUGCAAGAUUCAAUCAUCUCCUUAAUUUCGUAUAGUUAUGCCUCACUUCGAAAAAAGACUAAUAUCAUGAAAGAUAUUUUGAUUCAAGUUCCAACAUUGACACCACAAAAAGUGAAACACUUUGAUGAUGUUUUCACUCAAACACAAGAUGAAAAAGAACGAAAGAAGAAGGCAAAAGCACUCUUCUCAGGUGUGUGUGGAAUGAACAAGGGAGCACCAUCCAAAACAAAGUCAGUUCUUGCCGUAAAUCAACAGCCACAAUCUGAAAAGAAGAAUGCCAAAAAGACAUCCUUCCUUGAUGAUGCCACUGUUUCUAAACUUGGAGACUUGUUCAAAUAA